UCCUGGGCCUCAUGGCCGCCUUGACGUUCAGCCGCAGCGCUGGGCCUCGAGCCUCGGGGCCCUGGGGCCUGAGCCGCUGCAUCCUGCUGCUGCUGCUGCCGCUGCUGAUCUCGGGUUAUAAAGAAAACACUUCCAUACCAGUUUGUGGCAGACCCUGGUGGUCAGAGGACUUGGACGUGACCCGCCAUUGGCCCUGGGAGGUGAGCGUCCGGCUGGAGAAUGAGCACAUAUGUGGAGGGGCCCUCAUUGAACUCAACUGGGUGGUGACGGCUGCCCACUGCAUCCAAGGCACCAAAGAAUACUCAGUGAUUCUUGGCACCUCCAAGCUGAAGCCCUUGCAGCCUGCCUUGAUCCCUGUGAAGGACAUCGUCAUGCACCCCAAGUUCUGGGGCCGGACUUUCAUCAUGGGGGAUGUUGCCCUUCUCCAGCUUCACAGCCCGGCCACCUUCAGCAAGUAUGUGCAGCCCAUCUGCCUCCCGGAGCCCAGCUACAACCUCAAGGUUGGGACCCAGUGCUGGGUGACUGGCUGGGGCCAGGUUAAACAGCGCUUCUCAGCGAACUCCACACUGACCGCAGAGCUGCAGGAGGCUGAGGUGUUUAUCAUGGACAACAAGAAGUGCGACCAGAUUUACCGCAAGAAGUCCCCCAUCCCCCACCUUGCCCCCCUCGUCCUGGGGGACAUGGUCUGUGCCACCAAUUAUGGAGAAAACUUGUGCUCUGGGGAUUCUGGGGGCCCAUUGGCUUGUGAAGUCGAGGGCAGAUGGAUUCUGGCUGGGGUGUUGUCCUGGGAAAAGGCCUGUGCCAAAGCAGAGAACCCAGGCGUGUACACCCGCGUCACCAAAUACAGCAAGUGGAUCAAGAAGCAAAUAAGCAGUGGCCCUCUCUCAGGCCCCCAAACCUCCGCCUGGUUCCUACUCCUGUUCUGGCUGCUGCAGCCCCAGAUGGGUCCUUGAUCGCCGCUCUCUCUUCUUCUUCCUGCUUUGCCUCUGCUGGAUGGGUCCAGAUCAAGGUUAGACCAAGGUCAUGUGUCUGUAGUCAACAGGAGUCAAGGUGGGGAAAGAGUGGCCCCUGGGAGAUGGGGCUCUGCACUGGAUCCCAGUGGGGAGGGAUGUGGUGGAUGACUAGGCCUUGGGUGACCGGGAGAAGGGAAGUGUGGCCUAGAAGGGCUCUGGAGUUGGGGACCAGGAGAGCAGGGAUUAAAUUUGUACAAAUGUGAGCUGGCUCUGUUCU